AGCAUUGUGGCUGCCAGUGUAGAGUAAGCCUCGGGUCGCGCGCGACGUUGCGGUAAAAGAAAACGUUCUAUUUUCAAAUUUGAACAUCUGUCAAAUCGAACGCGCUGUCGAUCCGCAGCCAAAAUUUCUUCUUUUUUUUUAGUAUUGCCUGUGAUUAGUUUAUUCUUUUUAAGAAGUGCGAUUUUGUGCCAGUGAACUGUGCAGAAACAUCAAAAGUAAAAGGAGGUGAAACUAUACAUUUCGAUAAAAAAUGACCGCGCACUGACAUUCAUCCCCAAACAUCCAAUAUGGCGGCCCGACCGACAGCUGCAGUGUUGGUGGAGCGAGCCUACAAGCACUAUGGCUCGCCCAACAAAUCCAAUUACAAGUCGGUGUUGGACAAUUUGAAUAUGGUUGUUGAAAGAGGACACAUAUACGGACUUCUAGGACCUUCAGGGUGUGGUAAGACCACCCUGUUAUCCUGCAUCGUUGGCAGACGAAAACUGAAUAGCGGCAACAUAUGGGUACUGGGAGGAAAGCCGGGGGAAAAAGGUAGCGGCGUGCCUGGAUCCAGGGUCGGGUAUAUGCCUCAAGACAUAGCACUAGUCGGCGAAUUUACCGUAAAAGACGCGGUCUACUUCUUCGGCAGAAUAUACGGGAUGCCAAACGACAAAUUAGAGGAACGCUUUAAAUUCCUAUCGGACCUUCUAGAGCUUUCCAGCGCUUCACGGCUGGUAAAGACCUUAUCUGGAGGGCAGCAGAGGAGAGUUUCCUUUGCAGCGUCGCUGGUCCAUGAGCCGGAGCUUCUGAUUUUGGACGAGCCAACUGUUGGGUUGGACCCGGUACUUAGAGAUAGGAUAUGGGACUUCUUAGUGGAGAUAGCCCGAGGUGGAACAGCAGUGAUCAUUACCACACAUUACAUUGACGAGACACGACAGGCGAACAAGAUCGGACUCCUGCGAGACGGGCAGCUGUUGGCUGAGGAGGCCCCAGCAGACCUGUUGAGGAAAUUCGACUGUGAGACGCUGGAAGACGCCUUCUAUAAAUUGGCGCUAAGACAGCAAUCUAGGAGAAGGUCCACACUGACGCCUGACGUGGUCCCGGAGCCAGCUGUGAGCGACGCGGGCGCAGCGGCCGAGAGCCCUUACGAGUCCAGGGAGGACUUCACCGUGGUCACCAGCAGUACAGACGUGUUGACGCCAAGGAGGGAGAAACCAUACAGAUAUGUCAGCGAUUACAAGUCUCGGUACAAGGCGGUCUUUAUCAAGAGCAUACAACAGUUCGCGAGAAAUCCUGGCGGCCUUGUGUUCGCUGUGUUGUUCCCCAUCAUCCAGGUGGUGGCGUUCUUCUCGGCCAUCGGCCACGACCCCAGGGACCUCCAGGUGGCCGUCGUCAACGAGGAAGCCAUUUACUCACCGUUGGGUCUGGACAUCUGCCACAACAAAAGCGUGCAGUUCAUUGAAAUUCAGGAGGACGAGAGAUGUCAGCAGUACAUGACGAGUUGCUGGUUCCUUGAGGAAAUGGCGAAGAAGGACCUGGACCCUCUUUACUACGAGUCCGCAGAUGAAGCGAAAGAGGCAGUGAAAAACGGCAAGGUCUACGGAGCCCUACAUUUCAGCAGGAAUUUCAGCGACGCCCUUAGCAACAGGAUACAGGACUCUGACAUGGCCGACGAUGACGUAGACGACAGCAAUAUCGAUGUGUGGCUUGAUAUGAGCAAUCAUAACAUAGCUAAUUUCAUCAAAGUACAGUUGUUGAAAGCAUAUAAAAGCUUCACCAAAAGGACUAUGAAAGCUUGUGGGAAGGAUACCAGAUUGGGCCAGAUACCAGCGGUAUUCCACGAUCCUGUUUACGGGAAGAAGGAUCCGGAAGUCGUGGCGUUCAUGGCACCAGGAGUAAUGAUCACCAUCGUGUUCUUCCUGUCAGCGAUCGUGACCUCAACACUAAUGAUUGGAGACAGGCUGGAGGGCAUCUGGGAGAGGAGUGCAGUCGCCGGAGUCAAGGCCAGGGAAAUGCUGAACGUCCAUAUUGUGAUACAGUCUUGUGUAAUACUGGUGCAAACUGCCGAGAUGAUGUUCUUAGCUUGGGGUCCAUACAACCUUCCGUCUAAGGGUUCCGUGAUCGCCAUUGGGGUCCUCUUGUACCUCCAAGGUCUCAGCGGGAUGUGCUACGGGUUCCUGCUGUCGAUCUACUGCAAUAGCUACAGUCUGUCCUUCUUCGUAGCUACUGGCAGCUUCUACCCUAUGAUUUUGCUCUGUGGCAUCAUGUGGCCGUUAGAAGCAAUGACUGGUGGGCUUCGGAUACUGGCCCUGACACUUCCCUUCACUAUCCCAGCCACGGCCUUACGAGACAUCAUGCAGAAGGGAGCUUCGAUCCUGGAACCUACAGUGUACCAAGGAUUCCUCGUCACGAUCGCUUGGAUUAUAGUCACAUUAGCCUUGUGUCUUUUAAGGCUCAAAUAUAGGAAAAAUUAAACUUGUUAUGUUAUUUUUCAGUUGAGUUGUGCAGUGCAAAGGAAAUGAGGAUUAAUUCCAUUUAAACUGGCAACAUUGGCCGUUAUCAAAGAAUGGGUAUUGCUGUGUGUAAAAAAUAUGUGUAUUUUUUCUGCUGGUGGAUUUUCAUUUCGCACUGUAAAUCUCGUUUUAUUUUUAAGCUAUUAAUAGAGAGAAAUCGGGUAUGUAAAUAGUUAAUUAUUCUGGGUUAGAACGGGGUAGAAAUAAAUAUAAAAUUUUACUAUUAGUGUUGCUAGAUAGAAUUUAAUAUGCUACCCCAAUAGCCAGGGAAUUUGGCAUUUAUAAAGUAAGCUAUUGGUGGUGAUAAAGCAUUAGAAUUAAAAUAGUAAUAACGUAUUAAUGUAAUUUUAAAUAUUCGCUCAACGUUCAUAUUCAGGUCGCAAACAUAAAUGGUGUUUGCUUUACCUGUUAAUAUUUAUAUGAAGUUACUUUAUAGGUGUAUGUACAGUAUAUUACUGGAAUAACUUAGGCAGGAACUAAAAAUGUAAUGUAGACUUAAAAUAAUUUAGCUUUAAGUCGCUAAUAGUAUGAAAACUAAUUUUCUUGUAUCAAAUGAAUUUAAAUUUUAUUUAAACAGUCAGUUGACAUUUAAUUGACAUGGCAGAUUGGCCUUUUAAUUAUUGGAUGGUGAUUUAACAAGUCCAUACAAUUAACAAUAUAAUUAAUUAACAGUAACUGUGCAUUUUAAAAAACUUUUUUGGAACGUCUGUUAAUUAUAUUUCUAAUGUUGUUUGUCGUUUCAUUGAUUUUUUUUAUGAAUACGAUACUAUCUCUUGAAAUGUAAAUUUUCUUAUAAGUAAUUUAGAGAGGUCUACAAAUUGUACCAAAAGUUGUUGCCGUAGCGUAAAAAAAUCUCUCGUGAUAUUAAUAUUGUGAUUUAUGGGUAUUUAUAAUAAAACUUUCACAAUCUA